GUAUUUUGUAACAUGUUAAGGGUUAUCAUGGCGAUAACAGCCUUUUGUGGGGUGGUUGUGUUUAUAUUGAGUGGGAUUAAGGAGAAUAGAAGUAAAGUAAUGGAAGGAACUAUUGAUGAUGUGUGUACAACUGUAGAAGAGCUUAAUAGCAUCAAUUCUCUUAUUCACCCAAACUUGAACAAGUUGAGGAAAUCAGAGUUCUUUAGAAUUUUUAAAGUCAAUCUUGAGCAAGAGUGUCCCUUUUGGGAAGCUGAAGGGACUUGCAUAACAAACAAGUGUGUUGUUGAUGAGUGUGAAGCUGGAGAAGUACCUAAUGAAUUCAAGAUGUGCAACCAAACAUUCGACGUUGAAAGAAACCUUCAGAUAUCCGAAAUGUCCAUGAUUAAUUCUUUUAUUCCAAGCACUCAAAUUGACGAAUGGAUGAAGAUUGAGGAGAAAGAUGAUGAAGCAGUGUUUGUCAAUCUGGUAAAGAAUGGACAUGCUUGGACAUUCUUCAACGGCAGUCACAUUUGGGAUGCUAUUUACAAUGAAAACUGAAUGUCGUUACUCGAGCUUGACCAAUGCACAGAGAAUCAAGUGUUGUACAAAUUGAUUAGUGGGGUUCAUGCCAAUGUCAACCUUCAUAUCACUCAUAAUGACUUUGACCUUAAUGGAGAUCCUCUUCCUCCUAAUCAUGAGAGGUACCUUGAGAGAGUUGGAUUACACGAAGAAAGACUUGAAAACUUGUUCUUUACUUAUUCUUUAGCUUUAAAGGCCAUAAAUAACCUCAGUGGGAAAAUUGAUGAAUUUUCAUACUUAUCUGACAACCCUCAGGUUGAUAAUGAAGUCAAGGAAACUCUCAAUGAUCUGAUUGAGAAUUCCAUUAAGAUCUGUGAAAAUCCUUUUAGAGAAGAGAAUAUGUUUACCCAGUGGACAAAAGAGCAAUUUAUCAAUACCGUCAAGCCUGUGUUCUAUAACAUCACUAGAAUCCUUGAUUGCGUGACUUGUGAGAAGUGCAAACUUUAUGGAAAACUUCAGUUCACAGGCCUUACAGCAGUAAUGAAGAUCAUGUUUGGACAAGAAAAAGAAUCGAAGCUAACAAGGAAUGAGAUGGUUGGGCUUAUAAACUUGAUGGCAAAGCUCUCAGACUCCAUAGAAUGGUAUUAUCAGUGGCUCCAAUAUGAGCAAUCAUACGAGUAUCCUGUCUUGUAUGCACUCAAGAACCAUUGGAUGAUGCUCCUUUUAAUAGUACCUAUUGUGAUAUAUGAGAUAUCUUGCUUUUUUAAAACAAAACCCAAGCUAAAAACAAGUGUUAAGAAAUCCCAAUAAUCAAAAUUUCAUUCUAAUAGCUCAAGAUAUUAAUAUGCA